AUGGCCGAGCGGCAGGGGGACUGGGAGAUCGACGUGGAGAGCCUGGAGCUGGACGAGGACGCCCGCGGGGCGCCGCCGCUGCCCCCCACGCCGCCCGGGUCCAGCCCGCCGCGCCCCGACGGGGACGGCGAGGAUGAGGACGAGGACGAGGACGAGGACGUGGACGAGGAGGACGACGACGACGACGCGGAGGACGCGGGCGCGUGCCCGGGGGCCCCUGGCCGGCCCGAGCUGCCCGGGGCGCGGCCGCCCAGGGCGCUGCCCGCGGCCACUCCGCAGGCCUCGCCGGCCCCCGCGGGGCUCCCGGAGCGCGGCGCGAACGCGGGCGGCGGCGGCGGCGCGGAGCCGCGCAAACUGAGCCGCACGCCCAAGUGCGCGCGCUGCCGCAACCACGGCGUGGUGUCCUGCCUCAAGGGCCACAAGCGCUUCUGCCGCUGGCGCGACUGCCAGUGUGCCAACUGCCUGCUGGUGGUGGAGCGGCAGCGGGUCAUGGCAGCGCAGGUGGCGCUCCGGAGGCAGCAGGCCACCGAGGACAAGAAGGGGGUUUCCGGGAAACAGAAUAACCUGGAGCGCAAAGCUGUGUAUCAGAGACAAGUCAGGGCUCCCAGUUUGCUGGCCAAAAGCAUUCUAGAAGGCUACCGACCCAUUCCAGCAGACACUUAUGUAGGAGGGAGCUUACCUCUGCCUCCUCCAGUAAGUGACCGGAUGAGGAAAAGGCGGGCCUUUGCUGAUAAAGAAUUGGAGAACAUUAUGCUGGAAAGAGAAUAUAAGGAGAGGGAGAUGUUGGAAGCUUCCCAAGCUGCUGCCUUGUUCCUGCCCAACCGCGUGGUCCAUGGACCUGAAUACAGCUCCUACAAAAGUGCCUACAGCCCCACCCCGGUGGAACCACCGAGCAAAGACUUCUGUAAUUUCCUACCCACGUGCCUUGAUCUAACCAUGCAGUACUCUGGGUCUGGGAAUAUGGAACUAAUUUCUUCCAACGUCAGUGUGGCCACAACUUACCGACAAUAUCCCUUGCCUUCAAGAUUUUUAGUUUGGCCCAAGUGUGGCCCCAUCAGCGACACCGUUCUCUACCAGCAGUGCCUUCUGAACGCCACCACCUCAGUUCAGGCCUUGAAGCCCGGGGCCGGCUGGGAACUGAAGGGGGUGCGAGUCCAGGAUGGACUUGGUGCAGAGCAGGACCUGAUGCCACCCAAACUGGAAGCUUCUCUGGUGCUGCCCCCUCCUCCCGAGGUCCAGACCUUGAGAAAUGACCUGCAAGGUCACCAGGCCAUCCCAGAGAGGUCCGCAUUCUCCCCACCCCGACGGAAUUUCUCUCCGGUUGUUGAAAUGGACUCUUUGGCAGCUCAAGGGCACGUCUUAACGAAGAUCAGCAAAGAAAGCACCAGGCACCCUCUGCCACUUAAACAUAAUCCAUUCCACUCAUUAUUCCAGCAAACGCUCAAUGACAAAUCAGGUCCCGAGUUGAAAACACCAUUUGUCAAAGAGGCCUUUGAAGAGGGCCCCAAGAAACACAGAGAGUAUUUAGUCAAGGAGAACCAGAAGUACACGUUCACAAUAGAUAGAUGUGCAAAGGACCUUUUCGUCGCCAAACAAGUUGGAACGAAACUUUCAGUGAAUGAACCGCUGUCAUUUUCUGUUGAGUCGAUUCUUAAGAGGCCUUCGUCUGCCAUCACUCACGUCUCUCAGUGAAAGACUGCUUGAAUGGAGCUGGAUUUUCUGCAGACUCAGAGAGU